AAAAAAAAAAAAUCAAUGUAUAUUUCUGCAUGGACUUGUCAAGUGUAGUGAUUUAAAAAAAAGAGAUAAAUUCUUCGCAGUUACACGUUGUAAAAAUAUGCAUUUAUCAAAAUACGCGCCUCAGCAGAUAAGAAAACGCCUACGUCAGCGUUAGUUAAUAAUAAACGCAGUUAAUCGGAGCGAACUAAGAAAGUUAUUUCAUAGAUAUGAUGGAUGGAACCUCAGAUUUAUUUUGGCCGGCGAUGCUGUUUACGCUUCUUGCAAUUAUGGUAGCUGCAGUUUUUAUGGGAAGAAAUAAAGCUCCUGCGCCGUCAAAGUGCUCCCAUCAAACGAGCGCUGCUGCUGUGGAGGAGAGAGCUGGUCCAGACCUCGGAGUUUCCUCACAGUAUCACCGGAACCAUCAGAAGGACACCAGUCAACAGGACAUUCAGCUGCAAUCUAAUGCAAAGAGCCUCGAAGCCAAAGAUGAAACUAUAAAACAUGGAAAGGAUUCAAACUCAGAUAAUGUGGAAAAAGCUAGCGAGUCAGAUUCUCCAGUUCACUCCUCCAUUGGACGGGAGGAGGAUUCCUCAAAGUCUGGGAUAAGGAAUGCCCUGAAGGAUUAUGCUCAAUCACCUGAUGCCGAGAAGAAACCCUUGAGGUACAUGGCUGGCAUGCUGAGGACCUGCCAGCUUGAAAAGAUGAUGACCAAAGAAGAUCUGGAGGAAGAGCAGAGGGUUCAGCGAGAGCAGUUAGCUGCCAUCUUCCAGCUGCUCAAAGAGAAACAAGACACAUUUGGUGAGGUGACAGAGAGCGAUUUACAAGAACAGCUUAAACUCUAUUCUGUUUAACAAAUCAGCAAAUAAAACUGUACUGACAAACACUAGAUUCUAGAUUCAAAUUCUAGAUUCAAAUACCAUUUUAAAGGAGCUUUCAAGUUGAAAUCAGUGACUUCAAUUAACCUAUUCCCUGAAAUAUUUGAUUGUGUGAAAAAGGGUUUGUUUAUGAGUUAUAUGUAUAUUAUAUGCAUUUAUUGGUCAUUAUUAUACAUAAUAUAAGUAAUGAGGAAUCACAAAAUCUAGAAAUGUUCAGUAGAAAACGAGUCUUCUUUUUAUUUAUGAUUUAGCUUCAAUUAAUGGUUAUGGUGCAUGUCAGUUCAAACCAAAUCCAUGUUAAAUAAAGUAUGAUCUAAACUGAAAUAAAAUACUAAAUACUAAAUCAGCGAGUAUUACUCACUCUAGCUGUCAGCUGUCUAUCUUACAUAGUGACAUUGGGAUUCUUUAAGUUACUAGUAUGACAAAUGGACAAAUUAUGCUUUUUGCUUUAUUUUAUAUUUUUUAUUAUUUACCAGUAUUGUUUUGUUUAAACACAGCUUAUAGAUCUGUGCUGGCUAAAGGCCAAUAAUAUUAUUCAUAGCGAUGGGCGGACUGUAAUGCAGAUGUAAAUACCUGGUUGAUGAUGUAAUGAAUUUGAAUAGGUAGGUAGAUUAUAAAACACUGUUACAAACAGUAACAUCUUUCACACAGUUCACAGUUCUGCAUUUGGCCAGACUGAUCAUAUGAGUGGAAGUUGGUCUUGAAACAUGCAGAAAAAAUUGACUGCUAUUAGUCUUAUUCUGACUUGCUGUGUGCUGCUCUAUCUAGUGCUUUGGAUGAAUCUCUCUGAACAGUUUCACAGCAAAAUUGUCAUCAUUUCUGCAUUGAUUUUAUCACCACUUGGAACUACAAGUAAGUACGAAACAGAAAAACCCAUUUACCCCACUGAGCGAGAAGUCAACAUAACACCUAUUCCAGUUCUCUAUAAGAACAAUUUUACAAAACUUCCAGUGUGGGAUUUCGAAGAUGUUUAUUUGCGAAGCAAUGAAGCAAGGAGACCUACCUGUCCAGAAUCCCUUCAAAACAAAGAGGAUCCCAAGUUCAAGGAGGCAACACUUCCUGACAUUCAGCUGUGGCUGUACAAAGGACUACUCAACAUAACAGAAUGGAAUCGAUUAGCACACUUCAACAAUCCCUUCGGCUUCAUGGAAUACAAGUACAAUGAAGUAAAAGGAGCUGUGGAUUUGAUACCAAAGCCUAAGUUUCCAAUAUUACUGCCUGUGCCUGAAAGUUCAAAGGAUGGCUGUAUCCGCUGUGCUGUUGUGGCCUCUGGGGGGAUUCUCAAUAACUCAAAGAUGGGCAAAGAGAUAGACUCCCAUGAUUACGUUUUUCGAGUAAAUGGGGCUGUUAUUCAAGGUUACGAGGAGGAUGUUGGAAAUAGAACAUCAGUCUAUGUACAUACAGCUUUUUCCUUAUAUAGUUCCAUACUGACAUUAAAACAGUACGGGUUUCACAAUAUUCCACAAGAUGAGGAUAUUAAAUAUGUAAUGAUCCCUGAAGGCCUGAGGGACUUUGAGUGGAUCCAAGGCCUUUUGCAGGGAAAAGAAGCAAAUGGGUCAUUCAAGGGUGUGAGGCCACUGAAAUUUUUCAAUGGGAAUUUUAACGAGAGCAGAUUCUAUGUUCUUCACCCUGAUUUUCUUCGAUACAUUCGCAACAGAUUCAUGCCAUCCAAACAAAUGCAGGGCAAAUACUGGGCAAUGUACAGACCGACCAAUGGAGCGUUUGCUUUAUUCUUGGCUAUUCACACAUGUGACAUUGUGGAUGCCUAUGGAUUUAUCACAGAAGACCACCAUAAGUACUCCAACUAUUAUUAUGAAAAGUUAAAAAGAACCAGUGUAAUUUUCUUUAUUAACCAUGACUAUGGCCUGGAGAUAAAGACUUGGAAGAAACUGCAUGACUCUGGAAUCAUUAGACUCUUCCAAAGGCACUGAUACAUCAAAAGCAGAAGGAGGCUGUCUGUCAUCUCGGCAGGCAUUACUUCAAAAGAUAUUACCAAGUUAUGAUUCUGAAAGAAGCUGUGUCUCGGUUACAUGCAGGAAAGAUGAACAAAAUCUUUCUUAUAAAGCUAGGGACUGAAGCUAAAUGAAACAUCUGUAAUAUGCUGCAAGAGAA